GGGCGGGAGGGGCCAAGAGCAGAGCCCGGCCGCGCCGCGCGCCCAGUGGGGCGGGCUUCGGGCUGCGCCAGAGAGCAGGGCAGCUGGCGCCGGUGUCUGAGCCUCUGCGCCGGACUCUGAGGCAGUGAAGGAGAAAACUGUAGUACGGGAUGGCUUGGUCAGUUAGUCCAAAGUCGCACAGCUGGUUCUGGCCGAGCCCGGACUUCGAGAGAGAGCCAUAUGGCCCCUGCAGACCCGGCCUCGGAGGGUCCCAAGCUUGAGGACCCGCCGGCCCCCCACCUCUUUGGAAAGUGCCCUUCUAGCUUAGUCAUGGCGAAGCUGGAGACGUUACCUGUGCGCGCUGAUCCAGGGAGGGAUCCUCUGCUGGCUUUCGGCCCCCGGCCUUCUGAGCUUGGACCCCCAGAUCCCCGCCUGACCAUGAGCAGUGUGGAUGGUGGGGUGACCCAUGCCCAGGAGUUUCCUAUGAAAAGCGUGGGCACUCGAACAGGGGGUGGGGGCAGCCAGGGCAGUUUCCCUGGUCCAAGAAGCAGUGGCGGCGGCGGCAGUGGGGCCAGCAGAGAGAGACCUGGCCGCUACCCAUCAGAGGACAAGGUUCUCGCCAAUUCUCUCUACCUCAAUGGCGAGCUGCGGGGCAGUGACCACACAGAUGUCUGUGGUAAUGUGGUGGGCAGCAGUGGGGGCAGCAGCAGCAGUGGGGGCAGUGACAAGGCUCCACCACAGUAUCGUGAACCCGGUCACCCACCCAAGCUCCUGACCACCUCUGGCAAGCUAGACCAGUGCUCAGAGCCACUAGUUCGGCCAUCAGCCUUCAAGCCUGUUGUACCCAAGAACUUCCAUUCCAUGCAGAACUUGUGUCCUCCACAGACCAAUGGGACCCCUGAGGGACGACAGGGCCCUUCUGGACUCAAGGGCGGACUGGACAAGUCUCGGACCAUGACUCCAGCUGGUGGGAGUGGGGGUGGCCUCUCAGACUCAGGCCGAAACUCACUCACAAGCUUGCCUACCUAUAAUUCCAGCUAUAGCCAGCACCUGGCACCCCUCAGUGCCUCCACCAGCCACAUCAACCGCAUUGGCACUGUCGGCUACAGUAGUAGCAGCAGCGGCGGCGGCGGGGGGUCAGGCUACCAAGAUCUGGGGACCUCUGACAGUGGGCGGGCAUCCAGUAAGAGUGGGUCAUCCUCCUCCAUGGGGCGGUCCGGCCACCUGGGAUCUGGGGAGGGCAGCAGUGGAGGCCUGCCAUUUGCAGCCUGUUCACCGCCCUCGCCCAGUGCACUGAUCCAGGAGCUGGAGGAGCGGCUGUGGGAGAAAGAGCAGGAGGUGGCAGCUCUCCGCCGCAGCCUGGAACAGAGCGAGGCGGCCGUGGCCCAAGUGUUGGAGGAGCGGCAGAAGGCCUGGGAGCGAGAGCUGGCUGAGCUCCGGCAGGGUUGCAGUGGAAAGCUGCAGCAGGUGGCCCGCCGUGCCCAGCGUGCCCAGCAGGGCCUACAGCUGCAGGUGCUGCGGCUACAGCAGGACAAGAAACAGCUGCAGGAGGAGGCGGCCCAGCUGAUGAGGCAACGGGAAGAGCUAGAGGACAAGGUGGCCGCCUGCCAGAAGGAGCAGGCCGACUUCCUGCCCCGGAUGGAGGAAACUAAGUGGGAGGUGUGCCAGAAGGCGGGUGAGAUUUCCCUCCUGAAGCAACAACUGAAGGACUCACAGGCUGAUGUGUCGCAGAAGUUGAGUGAGAUCGUGGGGCUGCGCUCCCAGCUUCGGGAGGGUAGGGCCUCCCUCCGGGAGAAGGAGGAACAGCUGCUCAGCUUGAGGGACUCCUUCGGCAGCAAACAGGCCAGCCUGGAGCUGAGCGAAGGCGAGCUGCCCCCUGCCUGCCUCAAGCCCGCACUGACCCCAGUGGACCUGGCCGAGCCACAGGAGGCGCUGGCCUCCUGUGAGAGCGAUGAGGCCAAGAUGCGCCGCCAGGCUGGGGUGGCAGCUGCCGCUUCCCUGGCUUCUGUUGAUGGGGAGGUGGAUGCCGGGGGAGAGGGUGGGACACGGGCCCUACGCAGGGAGGUGGGGAGACUGCAGGCUGAGCUGGCUGCUGAGCGGCGUGCCCGUGAGCGCCAGGGUGCCAGCUUUGCAGAGGAGCGCCGGGUGUGGUUGGAGGAGAAGGAGAAGGUCAUUGAAUACCAGAAGCAGCUCCAGCUGAGUUACGUGGAAAUGUACCAGCGCAACCAGCAGCUGGAGCGGCGACUCCGGGAGCGUGGGGCAGCAGGGGGUGCCAGCACGCCUACUCCCCAGCAUGGAGAGGAGAAGAAGGCCUGGACCCCCUCCCGCCUAGAGCGAAUCGAGUCCACAGAAAUCUGAUUCUCUGUCCUCUUGCACAACCUUCUGACAAGUGCCCUGUCUGAAGGUCGGGAGUCACCGAUGGCCCCUUCCAUUCAUUCAUUUCCCUUCCCCACGUGUGCUGCAUAUCCCCCAGACCAAAGAGGUUCUCAAAGCAGCUGGGACCCAACCCCCUUGUCCCCCUAGUCCAUGCAGCUCCAGCACUGCCUCUGUGGGUAGCCAGCCACUCCAGACCCUCUCUCCAAGGAGAGCAUCGGGGAGAGCAGAGUGCCAUGGGGUGAGGUCCCAGGCGCAGGGAGCAUGCUCCUUUUCUGGGAAGCCUCUGGUUGGAGAUGGAGGCAACAGGCUUGCAUUGCCAGGAAGUACCCGAGCCCCCUUCCUCGGAUCUUGGGCUGCUGCUGCUGCUGCUGGCCAUCUUGUGUCCAGUGCUAUUGUCUGCGCUCUCCUCCGAGGCCAGACAGCCUGAAGGAACCUGCAUGGGUCUACCAAUGCUGACAGACCCUAGGCUCCUAGUCUCUCUCCUUCGUGUGGUAUUCUCCUAACCCAGGCAGCUUGGUAAAAGAGGGAGCAGAUGGCCUGCCUGUGGUUGGGAGGGCUACCUGCCCAGCCCC